AUGCCCGCAAUACACAGCCAAACAUUGAUCAGUUACAUUGUCAUUUCCAUGGUCACGAUCCAUUUCACUGUGACGUUGCGAUGUUUUAUCGAUUUCUCGCUUGUAGGUGAGCAGGAGCCCAUGGAGUUUGAUUGCGUUUGUGAGAAAGGCUAUUGUACCACCAACACUUGUACCGGCCUCCAGUGUUUUGUCUCCAUCAACAGCGAGAUUCCGGGUGAGAUUAGGAGGGGCUGCCACCGGGAUAAGGAUAUACCCUGUGAACAAUCAUCGUCUGGUCUACGAGUGGUCUGCUGCAAAGGGAACUUCUGCAAUCAAAAUCUCACUUUGCAAGAUGAAAAAGACGCUCCAAAUCCAUCCAAUAAUGUCAGUGAUGUGACGAUGACGAUAGUUCCAAUUGUGGUGUUGGGCGUCCUGGUUAUCUUAUUGCUGUUGAUCUACAAGAAGUACUGCAGAUACCAAAUUGUCUCAAUCCUCAGGAAGAGCAAAAAACAAAACCAGGCAGAGGUGUUACGAGUAACUGAGCUCGGAGACAACACAUUGACUGACCUGUUUGAUCAUUCCUGCACAUCCGGGAGUGGAUCUGGGCUGCCCUUCCUAGUCCAGAGAACAGUGGCCCGGCAGAUUACACUGGUAGAGUGCGUAGGGAAAGGCCGCUAUGGGGAAGUGUGGAGAGGCGUGUGGCAGGGGGAAAACGUGGCUGUCAAGAUUUUCUCCUCAAGGGACGAACAGUCCUGGUUUCGAGAGACCGAGAUUUAUAACACAGUGCUGCUGCGGCACGACAAUAUCCUCG